AUGGCGCUCAGCAAUUUCCUCUUCGCCCAGUGCAUCUGCUAUUUCCUGGCCUUUCUCUUCAGCUUCAUCGUGGUGGUGCCACUCUCCGAGAAUGGCAACGACUUCCACGGCCGGUGCCUGCUCUUCACCGAGGGCAUGUGGCUCAACGCCAACCUGACGGUGGAGCGGCAGCGCUUCACGGUGCAGGAGUGGGGCCCCGAGGCUGCCUGCCGCUUCAGCAUCUUCACCGGGCUCCUCUCCCUGCUGCUGGCCACAGUGCAGGCCUGGAGGACCCUCUUCUUCCUCUGCAAAGGGCACGAGGACUCUUUCUUUUACGCCUUCCUGAAUCUGCUGAUCAGCGCCUUUGUGGUGUUCAUCACAUUUAUUGCCAGCACUAUAGUGAGUGUAGGAUUUAACAUGUGGUGUGAUGCAAUUACUGAAAAAGGAAGCAUGCCAAAUAGCUGUGAAGAAUUACAGGAUAUAGAUCUUGAGCUGAACUUGGAAAACUCUGCUUUCUAUGACCAAUUUGCUAUUGCACAGUUUGGUCUCUGGGCUGCCUGGCUGACUUGGCUGGCAAUUACCAUCCUGGCUUUCCUGAAGGUUUAUCACAACUACAGGCAGGAGGACCUGCUAGACAGCCUGAUCCAUGAGAAGGAGCUGCUGCUAGGAAGAUCCCCUUCACGAUCCUCUUUGCAAGAAGACAAAAGUGGCAUGAUCUAAAGUGUAAGGAAAUUUCCAAGGCAGGAUCUAGAUUUUAUUAUUCAGUAGUGUGAGCUGAAGUUGAGUCAGGGUAUUGAGUGUGUGAGAUCUUUUCUUUUCCUGAAAUGAAUUUUUGAAUCACUCACUUCCCCCAUGAGAAAUUGUUGGCAGAAAUACUGAUAUUAGGGUAAUGAGAGUGAACUGCCCUGUGUGCCUAUGGCAUAGCAAGCUUUCUGUCCUGUGCAGGCAAAGUUUGUACCCUGCCCUUGUCAGCAGAGCUCCCAGGUGCCAUCACUGGUUUUUGGGACAGAGGCCAUUUCUGAGGACUGAGCUGGCAAGACCAGGCUACAGAGUCCAGGCUAUUUCUUCAACCUAUUCUCCAACAAUAGCUGUAACUGGAGCUGCAUUCAGUCCCUCCCCUCUCCCUCUCCUCCCUUUCCCAGUGAAGCUGCCCCUGUUCUCUCCUUAUCCCAGGAAGCUGCAGCUCUGGUUUGGGUGCAGACUCUCGCUGUCUCUGCUUUUGCUGUAUGGAUGCAGUGCUGAAAAACAUGUUGCUCCUGCUCUGAUUUUAUUUAAAACAUAGAGACCUGUGUUCCAGACUUGAUAUUUAAUAUUGGACAGUGUUAAUUAUUUCCAUGAAACCUGCAUAUUACUACAGCACCUGUUAAAAACUGUGUAUAAUAUGGAAAGAUGAUGGAGAACUUUUGUGAUUUUGUUUCUUCUUAGAUUUUGGCAUGACCAGCAUUUAUUAUGACUUCUGAAGUGAAGUGUAGCUAGAAAUUGCUGAAGCUUGCAUACUAAGAAAUUAAGCUGAAUAGAUAGUAUUAAUGCUUGUGCAUUUAUAAAUGUAACUUGGUGCCUAACAUUGUAUACUAUUCUGUUUCGAAUAUUAGAAUUUAUUUGUGAUAUUUAUUUCAUAUAGGAUAUUCAAAAUUACUGUAAGCAUUUGCAUUGUAGGUUUCUAUAUAUAAACAUAGCAGGGAGUUCAAACAGCUGAGUUAUUUUAUAGGUAGUUCAGUGCUGAAUGGGUCCAUUCUCCCCACUCAUGGGCAGGAGUUCCAGGGCAGAUGAAUUUUGCUGUGAAAAGGAAGAUUGCUAUUUACACAAAGCUCACUGGUGACUGUGUUGUUGCUUUCAGUUUUGCUUGGCCAGUGCUUAACAAAUCAGGUGGAUUGUUGAGAUCAGAGGUAGUUCUGAUAAUUAGGCAGAGUCACUCAGAGGAGUGUGGGAUUUGCAUGGCAAAGCUGUGCUAGAAUUAAGCAUUUAUCCCCAGGUACACAUUACACAGAAUACCCCAAAUCAGCAGAAAGCUAAGGCAAACACCUAAGUAUGGACUGAAGAUUUUUUUUUUGAGAGUACUGCACACUGCCUGUGGUACCUGUGCUUGAGUUGAGACUGAAUUUAUUGUGACAGAAGUGCAAAUCACACACAAUUAUAUGACCUGGUAAAUCAGGGUGAGGAGAGAGAAGACAGCAGGUUCUACCAUGUCAGGGCUCAAGCCUGGGGUUAGCACAACCAUGCAGAUUUGUCUUCUAGAGACUCUCUGAUGCUUAGCUAAGUACCAGCUUAAGCAUUUCAUUGAAACAGAAUUUGAUGACAAAUCCCUCAAUUAUUAAACAUUUUAGGGUGUAAAAUCUGACAUAGUAUUUAACUGCCAAAAUAUUCUCAUAGGUUUAGAGAGAAAACCCUAAGCAGUGAGCCAGCCCUGUCAACAUUGCUUAUGAGCCCAGCUGGCCACAGCUCUCUGCAGAGAGGUCUUGUUCUUCAGCAUGAUUUCUGCCCACCAGAGAAUGUAAUCCCUUUGAAAGCUUUGCAGUGGUGGCUUUUUUUUAUGGUUGGGAGUUGACAUCAGAGCAGGACCCCUGGAGAGGCAAUCAGAGAUCAUGUUAAUUAAUUCCAAGUUAAAAUUCAGAUAUCAGGACUGUCAGAGUGACUUUUUAAAAUUAAUUUGGUCUAAUAGUUUGGCUAUUAAGAAAAAUUUAUUCAGUGAAAGAGUUGUCAAGCACUGGAAAAGGCUGCCCAGGGAAGUGAUGGAGUCACCAUCCCUGGGCAUAUUUAAAAGAAGCAUAGAUGUGGCACUGAGGGACACUGAGGGUUAAGUGGUGACCUUUGCAGUGCCAGGUUAAUGGUUUGACUGGAUGAGGUCUUUUUUCUCCUAGAGGUCUUUUUUCUGUCUCUAGUAGGUGAUACACUCUUGCAAGUACCUGAGUCCAUUGCCAGGGAAUGACCUUCAGACCCUGAAGAAGAGCUUGGGUCUUGUAAGUUAUCCUGUUUCCCCGGUUUCCCCAGUUUCCCCAGUUUCCCCAGCUGUGAAAGGCAGUCUCACUUUCACUCAGCAGUGAUGUCUCUUCCCACAAAUCACUUCAGUGCAUGCCUUACUCCUUGUGUGGAACCAUGCUGCUGCUUUGUACAAUAUAUUUUAUGCAUAUGCCAAAUCAGGCUUAGGCUGAAGUAACAUGUGGGCUGGGACCACUGCUCCUGGUGCUGCCUGAGGGUUUGAAGAGCCAUGAGGCAGAAGGUAACAAGUGUUCUUGUGGUUCUUGCUCUGAGGUAUCAGGGCCCAAGCUUUGGUUCUGAAAGAGAGGAUGCUGCUAUGGGUGAGGCUGUCUGGAGCUCAUGCUCUCUUCUACCUCUCCUGUCUCAAGGUCUUUUCCCUCCUUUCCACUUCCAUGAGAAGCAGCAAACACUGGAUUUGGAGUUGCCAUGCAAAAUGGAAAGAAGCUGAAGCUCCUCUAUGAGUCCCAUGUGAAUCUCAGUCUGUUUUUCACAGCUUCCCUCCUUGACCAGGUGGGGUGAUGCUGGUACCCCCUUGCAAGCAUCAGUGAUGCUUAAAGGCAGAGCUGGUUUUGGUGGAAGCCCUUGUGUGAGUCAGAAGGCAGAGGAUGUAGUGAGAAACUCUCUGGCUGGCCCAAGGGGAGGAAGGGUAACCUGCAGCCCCCAAUUAUUGGACACACAUGGUGCUUUUUAUCUGCAGUAAGUUUUCUGCAACCUCUUCUCCUAAAGCUUGGGCAUCCAGGCCAAGCUGGUGAUACCAAGCUGAAAACGUGUUAGAAUUGUGUUAUAAUUUUGCACACAUACAUAACUACCUACUAUGCUCUCUCUCAUGCAUUUCUCUCUUUUGUACAUUUCUGACACCUGCUUUUAGUCAUCCAUUGCCAACCAGCACAUCAUGGGGCUGAGUCAAAUGUUGCAUUUCUGUGACAUUUCGAUAUCUUUAAUUUCCCAUGUCCAAAGGGAGGCCUCUGGGAGCACUCUAACAAGAGUUGUAUUCAAAGAACUAGAACACUGUGUGGUACUUCUACCUGUAUUUAUUUAUUUAUUGUCACAUGGUGGAAGGGCAAAAAGCUUUGUGGCCUUUCCAAGGCACUAGGCUGUUGCCACACUAUUCUUCUGUUGUACCAAAUAUAUUCUCUGGCUACCAUCUGAGGUUAAAUUCCCCACCAAUUCCCUGCCAGCAGUCCUCAUUGAGUUAGAAUAAUCUAAGCUGACAAGUGUCAUCUGAGCUUUUGGAUCAAUGCUGUUUUACUAUUUUAUGUAAUGGAGAAACAAUUGCAGCCAUCUUUUGGAACAGAGCUUCCUCAUGAGUGCAUUCAUGAUCAAAACAUACCACUAAUUUAUGAGGCAUCUUUCAGCUGGGAGAUUUCAGUGAGAAUCACAAAAAUAAGAGCAUGAUGAUUUACUUAAAAACUGCAGGAGAGGUUUGUGCUAUGGCAGCAAUUCUGUGGUCCCUUAAAAAAGGAGGUUGUAUAACAAGCAGUGAUGGAUGAUUGAGUGCACAGACCUUGUGGGUCUGUAGGAUGAAACUUCCUCUGUGUAUGUACAAUGUACACAGAUAAAUGCCAGGAAUAGUUCCACUGCUCUUCUCUGAUGUGGAUAUAGGCUCCUCUCUUAAUAGGCAGCUUCAGCUAGAGGAGUUGUUGAAUGCCUUAAAUUUCUACACUUGCUUUUACUUAGUACUGGGACUUGUGCAAUGACAAUGAUUAUGAUAGCCAGAGGUGGAAGUGAUGUGGGCAGAGUAGGAAAGCACUGCCAGUGCAUAACCUCCCAAAGGCUGAGAUGAGUUUCUAAUGCUGGUUUGCAGGUGUUUGAAUUCCUCCCCUUUAUCUGAGUAAUGUCCUGCUGCUAGCCUAAAUUAGUCCAGUUAGGAUCAGAGUCAGAUCUCCCUUCAAGCCCUUCACUCCCAAUAUGGAACACUGCUGAUUUAACCUAUGUAGUGUUCAGGAUGGAAGCUGUAUUUUAUGAAAAACAAAUCUGGAUUGUGACAAAACUUUUGUUUUUUCUCUAUCAAUGGCCUGAGUAUCCUUGAGCAAAUGACCAUCUUAGCUGUGUCCAGAUCCUAAAUCUGUGCCUCAGACCAUUUCCUUUGCUGGUGGAAACAGCCCAUUUUUAUCUCUUGGAAUGUUUGAUUUGGAAACCACAAAUAUCCUUUCCUUCUGGUUAGGCAAUCUGGGAAUAGGAAUGUUUUACCUUCAGUGACAAAAUGGUCACAUAACUUCAUAAGAACAGAAAUAGUUUUAAAACUAUUUCUGUUCAUGGCCUUGAGGUACAUGUUUCUGUUUUUGUCCUCCAUAAGAAGGAGGAAAACUAUCCUGAGUUGUAUAUAUACACCUAAAAGCUUUUUUUAAUGGAUUUUUUUAACUGACAAAAUUUAACUCAGUGCUUUAUGAAGUUAAGGACUGCAUAGAAGACAGCACUUUGAUACUCUCCUGAUGUAGAAGGGAACUGCACUCCUUCAGAAAAAUUAGCAUUUGUUUCUGAGAGGUUAGAAAAGAAUUUACUUAAGUUAUGGAAAGUACUGCUUCUUUCAGUGCAGACAUUUAAUAAAUAGUGUAUUUCCAUCCUGUUGUUGGGAAGAGUAUUAACAAAGCCAUGAUUUCCCUUUAUUUUUUUUUUGUCCAUGCCAAAGAGUGUGAUUGCAAACAUAGAUUAAUGUGAAUGUAUUCACCUGACUGCUUAAAGAUCUCUACCUCUCAUAACUACUAUAACUGCUUGAACUGCUGUUGCACACAGUAGAGAAAAAAAAAAACUGAAUCCAUGUGAGAGCCUAAAUCCCAUUUCCAUAGACAGCUAAAUGAUUUAGGAUUUAAUGCUUAUUAGCUUCCUGUAAAAUCCUCAUUGCUAAAAAAUGAGCAUUUCCCCGAGAAAUGCUGUGUGAAUAGCACUUUGCAUUGGUCAAAUACUGAUAUAAUUUUAGUUUGAGAUUUUUAAAUUUAUUUUUUCUCACCAAAAUAAAAAGCCAAGAACAGCAAUUUGUUAGACACGAAAGGUUAUCCUUGACCUCCCUCGAAUCCUCCUCCUGGAACUCUUCUACUUGGCUUGAAAUUCCUAAAUAACAAUGAUUUAACGUGGUGCCUCUGGUGUUUAUCAAGGAGAUAAACUACUUGGAAGCAAGAGCUGCUCACUGAAAUAGCUGGAAUUAUUUGUAUAAUGGUGGAAACCCAAUGUGAGAAGCUUUUGUUCCCCACUCGACUGUGUUGUAAAGUGAAGGUUGAGACAACCUGCCAGGAGGUGAGAAUGAUGGUUUGUAAGUACUGUUGGUGUCUUGGAUGAUUUCUCAUACAAGUGAGUAAACUGUCCUGAGACUAAACUACUCUUCAUCUCCUCUUUUCCCCUUGUUUCCCCCAGACUUGGGCAAAUUUGACUCUACUGUGGAUACAGACUCUGAAGUGUACUUAUGAAUGGGAGAAAAAUUGCAGUGUCUAUGGCAGAUUUUGUAAAAAAAUAAGAAAAACAGUCAAAGAUAUUCCCUAUUCUCAUUCAGCCUCUCUGGAUCAUGACAUUGAACCCUCCCCUUUACAUAAGCCAGGCCUGAUUUGGGUGAUGUGUUGCUCUGGGAGGUUUCCAAGGCUGGUGCCAGCAGUCUCUCCAGGAACCUGGUGGAGUUAGACAAGUGCUAUGUUAAACCAUAAAAAACUAUUUGAAAAUAUGUUUGUUAAAUCAUAAAAAGCUGUUUGUCAUGGUAUCCCACAUUACACAGUCCAGAACUCUUCACCCCAUCUCUCCUGCAGCAGAGAGAAUGAUUUUUCCCAAUUAACCCUGUGGAGUACAACAGUUUGUGUCUGAAACACAGCACAUCUUCCUGGAGCACACAGGAUCUGGAUGGCAUCAGUUAAUCCAUUCCACUUUCUAGGCUGCUUUCUGAACAGAAAUUGUUAAUGAGGAGUUAGUGUAUUUCCUAAGAGGGAUUUCAGCUUUUGGGCUGUGAUGAGAGGGAGUGGUAUUGACACCAAUUUCAGCCUUUGCUUGGCUGCUCAGCCCCUACCCUCACAAAUUGCAGAACCAUGGGCUGACCCAAAAUCAGCUUCUGGAGAGAGCCACCUGUGCAGGUAUCUGGUGUAAAGGUGCUGACAUUGCCACCAGGUUUGGAGGAAAGCAGACCCAGAUCUCCUACUCUGGCCCUUUGUGCAGUGCAGCUCGUGAGUGGCACAGGAAGGAAGGACUGUUCCCAAAUUUCCUUUUACUCAGUAUUUGUGAGUGGAGCUCAUCAGUACCCAUAGUUUUAAAAGGUUUAGUGGUUUUGUGAGGUACCACUUGCAAAGAUCUGAAGCAGAUCUUUCUUUCUUGUGAGUCAGUGCAGAGCCUGAAAGCAUUUCAGCCUCUCAGAAAUAUGUGCCCUCUGAUGUAUGUAUUCAUGAGCUACUGCCUCUUAUUGCUGCCUGGGAAAAGCUUUAUAAGAGGCUAGAUUAUCUCCUUUUUUUAAUUUAUUUUUUUUAUUUUUAUAUUUUUUUAAUGCUGCUAAAGAGGUUCCUGCAAUGGGUAUUUGGGGAGAAAAUGGAACACUUUUUCAUGAUUUGUUUAACCACUGAGAGCAGCUGAGGAGCAGAUCCCUCAGCAGUGUACACAGAAUAUCCUGUGAGGAGCCACCGCAGUCCACACAAGCUGAGGGUAGAGCCUGGCCUGUUUUGAAUAUUAUUUCUGUUGAUUUGUAUGGUCUUUUGCAGUGUAAUGACUGCUGACUUUGAGCUUUAAUUGCAUGUGUUUGACAAAACCAGAAAGAGAGUGAGGUUUAUUAUUGUUUUGAUACAGUCUCAAAAGGGAAGCUUUUUACUAGCAUUUUAAUACAGCCCUUUGUAAACACCCAGCAAAGAAAAAUGCUGAGUCCAAUCCUCCUGCUAGUGGAGUCACUGAGUUUCCCCUGGCUUUAGUAGGAGCUGGACUGGGCUCAGUGUACGUGGUACACCCCAGCAUCACUGAUAAUGAGUUAAUGUGUUUUAUAUAUGGAUGCUUUUUGCUGAACAGUGCAUUGGCUUUUUAUGAUUUGGUGAAAUAGAAAAAUAAAUUAUUUGAAAAGUCAA